UUGCCUCGCUGGCGUCGCCCGGGCUCGCGUCUUUCCGGGAAGUCUUCUUCGCUUCAGAGAGCGCACCAAAUAUGGAGGUUCACGCCCUCCUCUUCUUUUUAUCCGUCUGGAGCCACGGCGCCUCCGGAAGGCCUUCCGAAGGAGUGAUGGCUCAGGAGACUACUUGGCAAGAGGCGAACGAGGCUAGGACGCCAUCUUCCAAGGUCGGGAAUGGUGUUUUGACCCCGUGGGAGCCAAGGUCAUGGUCGCCGGAGCGGACGAAGAGGUCGCUCGGAGCACAAGGACACGAGCAGUCUGGUCGAGUCUCAGUUGCCGCCGGGUCGCGCGAGGAGGGCGCCGGCGUGUACGCGCCUCCUCCAGGGGCGUCGCCCUUGCCCAGACCCUUCGUCACCCGGCUUGUGCCUACGCUUACGCCGUCGGAGUCCGAACGUGCCCUGGGCGGCCUCAGCGGCCUGUAUUUGCCCCCGACCACGGAGCCGCCCACAGAAGCAUCCACACCGACACCUAUAGUACUCCAAGGCAUCAUACAAUUGCCGUGUCCCAAUAAGUGCGAAUUUCGAAAUAGUAAUGGAGGCUGCGAUGUCGAUGCCACGUGUCUUUUCACGUGAACAGAAAAAUCCAACGAAUGACAGCACGCAGAGCCAGAGGAAGAGAAUCACUGAGAUUUGUUUAUGCUUGGUAAACAUUUUCACUGAAUCAGGAACCCCCGUGUUGGUUGCUUGUGUUCAGGCAUUCUCUCCUCUCUGCAGCGCGAAAGACUAUGCAUAUUUUCGUACAUUCAUGUAUAUAUAUGUAUAAUUAAAUAUAAUAUAUAUCUGCAAACACACACACGUGUGUGUUUUCAGAUAUAUAUGUAUGUAUGUGUGUGUGUGUGU